AAACUCGUCUCUCCAGCUUUAGGGAACAGUCUCUCGUUGUUCUCUUUGCUUUGCGCUGAAGCAUAAAGAGGCUAUCGCAUUAGCCGCUAAUGACGCUAACCUGCGUUUAGCUUCCUGGCUAAAUUCAACCACUCCCCCCCCCUCUUCGUCUGAUGGAUGACAUCAACGUACUGCACCACAGAUGCCUCCUGAAUCUGAGGCGUCGCGUCAGAGACAUCGGCGAUGGUCGACCAGCACAGGAGCGAUAUAUGAGGCUGCAGAAGGAUGGAGACACGCUCAGUUACCAAGGGAACUCUGAAGAAGUGGGAUGCUAUGUGGCUGGCCGGCCUUUAUCAAAGGGAAAUUGCUACUUUGAGGUGACCAUAGUGGACACGGGAGUGAGAGGGACCAUUGCUGUGGGCCUUGUGCCUAAAUUCUACAGGCUGGACCACCAGCCGGGCUGGCUGCCAUACUCUGUAGCUUAUCAUGCUGACAACGGCAAGUUGUAUAAUGGCAACCCGGUAGGGCAGCAGUUUGGCCCGAAAUGUGCUCGUGGUGACCGCAUUGGCUGUGGAAUACACUCGGAAAAUAUAGAAGCAGGUAUCACAACAGUCUUUUUCACCAAAAACGGGAAAGAGGUGGGUUCAGUAGAGGUUCCUGUGUCGGCAGAGGGGCUGUUCCCCGCUGUGGGGAUGCACUCUAUGGGGGAGGAGGUGAAGGUCGACCUGCAAGCUGAGUGGUUCCUGGAGGAGGAUGAUAGUAUGAUGAUGGUUGACAGCCACGAGGACGACUGGGGACGACUUUAUGACGUCAGGGUGAGCGGCACGCUUUUGGAGUAUGUUGGCAAAGGAAAGAGUAUUAUGGAUGUGGGUUUGGCCCAGGCCCGACAGCCACUCACCACCCGCUGUCAUUACUAUGAAGUGGAGAUAGUCGAUGCUGGGGAGAAAUGCUACAUUGCCCUGGGCUUGGCAAGAAGGGACUACCCCAAGAACAGACAUCCGGGGUGGAGCCGAGGAUCAGUGGCCUACCAUGCAGAUGAUGGAAAGAUCUUUCACGGCAGCGGGGUCGGAGAUGCUUUUGGUCCUCGCUGCUUCAAAGGUGACAUCAUGGGCUGCGGCAUCAUGUUCCCACGAGACUACAUCCUGGACGGGGAAGGUGACACAGAUGACUGGGAUCGACUGGACAUCCGCCCGGGUCACGCCAGCGUCCAGAAUGUUCUGUACCUGAAUGACGACGAGGAGGAGGAGGAAGAUGGAGAGGAGGCGGGAGAACAGGAACAGGAGGGCAGGAAGGUCACGGUGUUUUUCACGAGGAACGGGAAGCUCAUGGGCCGGAGGGAGAUGGUCAUCCCUCCUGGGGGCCUGUACCCCACCGUGGGGAUGCUGAGCAGCGGCGAGAAGGUGAAGGUGGACCUGCAUCCCCUCAGCGGAUGAGCCUGGGACCCGUGACGCCUUGCAAACAGCCGACUGCGCUGUAGAGCUCACCCACGGUAGCCUAGCAUGCUACUAACACUCGCCAGAACGCACUCACUUCAGCUGCACUCAUGCACAUCGCUGUCGUCUUCCUUCCCCGACUUUUAUUUAUAAGACUUGUACAUUUCACAGCCGUCACGGCAGACGGCCGGCCUCGUGGCUGUAAAGAAGCAGUGACAGGUCCUACGUGGGCUGUGUAGGUUACAGAGUACUUGCUGCAGGAAUACACGGCUGCACCUCAAAGCGAGAAACUCCAGAGAGACAUUUAACUGUUAAUUCUAUGCAAUCUGCACUGCUGUCGUCCUCUCCUCUAACCUCCUCCUGCAUGCAGUGUGUGUCUGUAAUACUGAGCUGUUAAAUCCCUCUCAUGAGGUCUGGCACACUUAGUUUAUUUCAUUUGUCACAACCCCAAGCAAAGCAGAGCAAGGCCAACAGUUGUGCCGAGUCAGAGCUCGUUCGCAGUUUAUGUUUCAGGGAAUAGACACCCCCCCUCCUCUUCACCUCCUCUCUCCUUGCCAGUCUCUUUUUCUUUGUGUCUCUCGCUCUCUUUCCCAACCUCUCCUCAUCCUCUCUCUGGGUGAGGGUGCCCUCCUCUGAGCGAUCGGAGACCUGCUGUUGCCCCACCUCGCUCGCUGCUCUCCCAGAGCUGGCUGCAAGUCAGCAGUGGAUCUGUUUCAGUGUCUCAGACGUGCAUUAACAUUCAUUUUUUGCUCUGUUUUGUUUUUUGAAUCUGGAUAAUUGCAAGUACAGUAAACACAACCAAACAUAAGACGCUGCCACUGAGCAGCACAGACGUUUCCUCAGAGCGGAUGAAGAGCUUUGUGAGUGUUUUGUAGUGAGAUUACAAAUGAAAAUAUAUAUUUAAAAAAAAUGUCAGGUAUAUUUUCUAUGAGGAAUCUGUGAAAUAUACUUUUCAGUUUAUCUUCUAUGUCAGAAGUUCAGGGAACGCGAUUUGUUGCACUUAUGUGAAAGGGAAGCUGUUAAGGGAACACAUGCACACAGCGGGUGGACAAAAUAACAGAAAUAACCAGUGAAAUGCUGCCUGAUGCAACACAACACACUACAGCCAUAACAAUAACCGCAAACUUAACAAUAACCACAAAUAAAACACCUCUGAAAGUAAAAGCCACCUCUGAAAACCUCACACAGAAGCAUCAGGCGCAGGGCUGUUGGAUUCGAUUGCAUCACACUGUACUGUAAUGUAAUAUUUUUGUACUCCCUCUGCAUGUUUGCCCACUACAUGAAGAAUUAUUCAGCAUCUUCAUUUUCUUUCCCUCAAAGUUUUGAGUGAUAUCUUUCGAAACAAUCUGCUAGUUUCUUUCCCUCUUUGUGAUGUAAUAUUAACUAUGAUGAUGUUUAUUUGCCGUUUGUGCGACAUGUCAGAAGAAAAACGUUGUGUCUUUGUGUUUGUGGCCACCAGCACUUUAACGAUGUGUUUGUGUGACUGCACAGAGAGCAGAAGCAGCACCGGGAGUCUGUGUCACAAAGUUAGAUUCGAUUUGACCACUUUUUCUAAUUUUUUUUUCCCCUUCCAGUCACCGUCUAGCAAUGUAAUUUAAUUAAAUUGCUAUUAAAUGUAAUUUAAUUUCUAUCCUGCUAGUAAAAAUAAGAAGCAGCAGCUUGCAUCAGUUUCUCAGUCGCUCAGAGGGAGAAAAGGUCGCACUUUAGCAAUAUUUUCCAAGUGAUAGAAGGCAGAUGUGGUGGCAGACCCGACAGAGCACUAAAGUUAAAAUCUGAGUGAAAGAUCACUCCUGGCGUUUCUUUCUUGACGGCUUGGUGCAAAUCCAGGAGAAUUCACUUUUGCAAUCAGUUUCUGCCUCGAAGCUUUAAAAGUGUUUGUUUUUCUUAGUUUAUCCACACACUGAAUCCCUCAAACAUCAUAAGAAAAGAAGGGUGAUGUCAACAGUAUGUCUCAGUUUAUCUACUUGACAAAGAAAUCCUACAGUAGCAAUUGAAAGAAAUCAGUCAGCACAACCCUUUGAGGUUAAAUUGUAAGAAAGAAAUGUGUAAAAUUACAGAAAAGAAUGUCCUGUAAUUAUAAAAAAAAUUAAAUUACAUAAAGGUUUUUAAUUAUCUAUCAGUUAAUUACUUUGAUGUAGUAUGAAUGGCUGUGAGUGAGGUCUUUAUCAGUUGGAAAAGUCUGAAAAGAAAAAAGAAUAUAUAGUCCAAAACUUUUAUCCACUUCUUCCAAAGAAGUGCAAAUGGCCAGAUUGGCGUUUUUGCCAGGCCGAAUCUGGCCCCCAGACCUUAUGUUUGACUGGCUAUCCAAAGAGAGCGAGACCCAGGUUAAGUCGCACUUUGUGACACAGACUCCGGAGCUGAAGCAAUCUGUCGAGUUUGUCGGAGCUGGUUUCCACACAUUUCUAAUUUAUGGUUAAAGGGAGAAAAGUUAUCAUUGUUAUUCUGUAUCAGCCAAAUCAAACUGAAUUCCUCUGCAUCUUCCUAUUACAACAUCUGCAUCCCUGUAAAAUAAACAUUCCUCUGCACCUUCAUAAAAGGCGCAAGCAGCAAGUUUCUUUAGCAUGUACACAAAGUCAUCCACAGGUCACUGCAGACGGUGAUGCUAGAAAUCUAAUGUGAUGUAAAACUAAUACACAGGGUUACCUAUUAAAUCACAUCUGCUGGAGAGUGCGUGUUUGUAUUUAGUCGUCACGUGUUUGUUUGUUUUAGAGCCAAUGAUAUAAAAAUGUAAUCAUAUAUUUGUUUUUUCCUUCACAUGCAGGGCUGGAUAGAGACUUAUAACUAAAAACUGUAAAGCUAGACAGCGCAAAGAUACAAACGAGACACCGAUGUGGGGAAUGUUAGCCACAUCUCCGUCCAGGGUUUUGAAGUCGCUUAUACUGAAGUUUACUCAGUUCAGCAGUUUACAAAAAAAGUUCUGCAGUUCAACCAAAUUAGAGCUAAAUGCAGUGAAAGUUUUUGUAGCGUCUCCAAACGCGUUCACCAAGAAUUUAUGUACCAGUUUAAAAAAUAAAAAAUUCUUUGCCUUGUUGAAUUGCACUAUAAUGGCCUUGUUCAAACAUGUUUAAACGUCAAUAAAAGUUUCAGUAAUGUAA